AUGCGACCAAUAGCGCGGGGCAGGAGGCGGGUUCCGGCUAUCCAUGGCUUCCGGGAGACAGAGAAGUCUCGCUGGUCAGAGGCCAGCCGGACCAUCCUGCAGCGCGUGCAGGCAGCCGCCUUCAGCCCCGGCCAGGCCCUGCUCUCCCCGGUGCACGUGCUGGACCUGGAAGCUCAGGGCUACAUCAAACCCCACGUGGACAGCAUCAAGUUCUGCGGAGCCACCAUCGCCGGCCUGUCGCUCCUGUCUCCCAGCAUCAUGCGGCUGGUGCACACCCAGGAGCCGGGGGAGUGGCUGGAACUCCUGCUGGAACCAGGCUCCCUGUACAUCCUUAGGGACUCGGCCCGCUAUGACUUCACCCAUGAGAUCCUUCGGGACGAAGAGUCCUUUUUCGGGGAGCGUCAGAUCCCCCGGGGCCGACGCAUCUCCGUGAUCUGCCGCUCCCUUCCUGAAGGGAUGGGGCCAGGGGAGCCCGGACAGCCCCCCCUGGCCUGCUGACUCCCGAGGCCUGCCCCCCAGCCUCCCACAGACACUGGAUUUGUGAAUAAAGUUGAAGAAUGAACA